AUGCCUCCCAAACCUUCCUCCCGUAAGGGCGUCAAGAAGGGAGUCCUCAAGACGGAGUCCUCUGCCGGAACCCAAUCCCCAAGUGAGUACUGGAAUCAGCUUACAGACCUUCAACGGGUUUUCUUUGAUGACGUUACACAACAGACAGGUUCUAACCACUAUGCCUUUGGUGCAGAGAUCAAAAUUGAGAUGCCAUCCCCCACUCCUGCUUCUGUCGCCAAUGGUGCGAAUGAGAGUGAGUACAGUUUUGACUUGACUCCUGUCCCAGGCCCAACCUCAAGCCCAUUCCCAUGUACCGAGGAUGAUCUUACCCUAUGUCACGCUCCCACUGCCGAUCCCACCGGCUACCCUAUCUUUGUUUCCCGAAAUGGACGCUGGGACUGGUAUUACCUUGCCUCUAACAACAACAUAGAGUCUUCCGCUACCCCUGCCAAUGAGACAACCAACGGAAACGCCAAGAACAUAAAGAGUGAGUUUACCACAGGUCUCAGUCUUUUCCCGAACCAAUUUCCCUGCACUGCGGCCGACAUCACCUUGUUUCCUUGUCCAAACCGUGGUCUCAAUCCCGCCAACAGUCCCACCUUCUCUUCUCAAAACGGCCGUUGGGAAUGGAUCUUUCUCCCCUCUAACACGGAUACAGAGUCUUCCCCUCCCAAGGUCAAGAUGGAGGAUAUCCCCGAGGCCAAUCCGAGGGUUCAGCAACCAAGCAACCCCGUCUCGACUACAUUCUCUGCCGCCGAUCUAGACCGCUUCGUCUUCCCAUACGGCGCCCCCGACAGCGACGAUGAUAUGUCCUCCCUGCCCUCGCUGGUCGAAAACAUAGCCGAGCAAGCAAGGACCGCGAAGUAUGUGAGGUUCUUCAUGAACACUACCCACGACAAGCACUUCGUUCCCAUCGAAGUGCCCCCUCUCACUGGAAAUGAUAACUGGGAUCCCUGGUUGGUCGCCAUGCGUUUGCUCUUCCGCCAGCACUCGGUGUGGCCUAUUGUGACUUCGGAGCUUCAGCCACUGUCUCCUGGUCACAACUUGUAUCUGUGGUACCAGCGGAUGCGCGAUUGUGCAAUCGCCCUUAUCUACGCCAACGUCUCUGAGGAGGUCCGUAGGACCCAUUGUUUCAUGAGCACUGCGAGCGAAGAUGAUGCCGAUGUUCUGAUGACUCACCUGUACGCUCACUACUCCGAGCCCGAUUCCACUCACCCUCACGAGGAGUCUGAGCUUGAUUAG